CGGAAGUGCAACAACAUAGGAAAUGAUUGCUUGCAACAUUAUGCUAUUUCAGGAAAGAUACAAUUGAACAGUUUAACGCGAAUAACAUUCUAAAGGAAACAAUCAAGGCUCACCACAUUGUUAAUCGGUGUCGAUGAAUGACGUAUACAUCUUGAGUUCGAGGGAAACGCAACAACCUUCAGUGUUUGGGGAUAUCACCAUGCGACAUGUUUUGUAGUAUUUAGGCUUCAUCGAUAGGGAUACGAAGACAUGGUGCUGUAUGUAAUUGAAUUCAAUUGAAUUUGAGAAUAAAUAUAAAGGUAAAAUAACGCUAACGUUUGCAUAUUUUUCCAGACCUCCCAUCUGCAUGCGCAGACUAGAAGCAGAAUUACUACCUUUGUGAUCAUUGCUGGUAACAAACAAGUUGGUGUUUUUGCACUUUCCGUCAUUUCGAAUGAACGACUGAAUUCACUUCAGUAAGAAAUAGGUCACACUGAAAGUGUCACCUAAAUUGGUCUUAAAAGAUCUGUUCAGAUCCGAUCAAUCUUAACCUUGUUCCUAAAACGACACAGAAAAGAACACAAGCAUGAGUUUCUUCAGUUUUGGCCAAAGUGCAGAAAUUGAUGUAGUUCUGACUGAUGCUGAGACGAGAAAGAAGGCUGAACAUAAGACUGAAGAUGGGAAGAAGGACAAAUAUUUCCUAUUUUAUGACGGGGAGACUGUGGCUGGAAAGGUCAACGUUACACUGAAGAACCCUGGGAAAAGACUGGAACAUCAAGGGAUCAAAAUCGAAUUUGUAGGCCAAAUUGGUGAGUGUUCUUCUUAGUUUAAUGCAGUGGCAUCUAUUCCAAACGAAUCAUAAUAAAUACAAUGGCCCCUUAUGUUGGACUUUUUGAUCAACAACAGUAGUGUCAUAUGUGCCAAUAGGCCUAGAUGCAUUCUUCUAUGAGAUAUUGAUUCUGUUGCGAUGUCUUUCUUUGAAUGUCUGAAGUGUAUACCUGUCCUUCCUUCACAGAGCUGUACUACGACAGGGGAAACCAUCAUGAGUUUGUCUCCCUGGUGAAAGAUCUGGCAAGGCCUGGUGAGCUUACUCAGUCACAGACCUUCGACUUUGAGUUCACCCAUGUUGAGAAGCCCUAUGAGUCCUACACAGGCCAGAAUGUGAAGCUAAGGUAAGGAAACAUGCAGCCUGAACAUUCUCUGCCAAAAUAACUAUUACUUUAUGGCUCACUCUUUAACCCGAGUUCCCCUUUGACCCGUCGGUCACAUGCCUAGCACUACUUCCUCAGCAAGAGUAAUGUUUGUGGGCUUCACAUGCUCACAUGUCUUGCAUUACACACACAAAUCAUGAUUACUGGUUAUGAUCAUGACCAUCUUCUUUUAUAGCCUCAGGAUGCAAUGAGGAUAUGUUGUUGGAUGACAUCUGUUGAGAUUAGAGGUUUGCUCAGUGUCUGUUGGUUGUACUUGCAGGUAUUUUCUGCGCGCUACGGUGAGCAGGAGACUGAAUGACAUCAGUAAAGAGAUGGAUAUCGUGGUGCACACACUCAGCACGUACCCAGAGCUCAACUCGUCAAUAAAAAUGGAAGUUGGGAUCGAAGACUGUCUCCACAUUGAGUUUGAGUACAACAAAUCCAAGUAAAACUGAAAGAGAUUAAUUUCUUCAAUACCCUCAAUCACCUCAAUGUUUUACUCAAUUUACAAAAUAACACCACUCCUAGUCACAGGAACAUGCAGAAAUCAUUGUAGCUUAGAACCUUUCCUUUGACUAAUUGUCUUUGUGGCAGAGCAGCCCUGUGACGAUCUCUCCUGUCUUCCACAGGUACCACCUGAAAGACGUCAUUGUGGGUAAGAUCUACUUCCUGCUGGUGCGGAUUAAGAUCAAGCACAUGGAGAUUGACAUCAUCAAACGGGAGACAACUGGCACCGGUCCUAGUGUAUACCAUGAAAAUGACACCAUUGCCAAAUAUGAGAUCAUGGAUGGAGCUCCUGUCCGAGGUAAAGGAUAUAGUGAAGUAGAUUGUAUGCUUUUGAAAAUGGCAAUGCUCAAACUACCUAUCAGGUCUGACUGAGUGUUUUAAUUAUGUUUAAGGAGAGUCAAUUCCAAUCCGGUUGUUUCUGGCUGGCUAUGAGAUGACCCCUACCAUGCGAGACAUCAAUAAGAAGUUCUCUGUGCGUUACUACCUUAACCUGGUGCUGAUUGAUGAGGAGGAGAGACGCUACUUCAAACAACAGGUACAGAACAGUAGCUUCUGAUGUUUAACUGUUAGCAGUGAUCCCAGAUGAAAUGGUGUGCCCUUAGAGGGAAUUUAUCAGGUGUCAGGUUCAACAUGGUGUAUCCACUGUUCACUGUGCUGCACAUUAUAUAUUGCAUUCCUAUCUAGCAGUAAAUGUGUCCCUAUGGAAAUGCUUUAGUGAUUAAGACAAUGAGCUCAUGACCACUUCCUUCUCCACCAGGAAAUCACACUGUGGAGGAAAGGGGAUGUGGUGAGGAAGAGCAUGUCGACCCAGGCCACCAUCGGAGCCCAGCGGUUCGAGGGCUCAGCCAGUUCGGAGAGUGCUCUGGAGAAGGCGGCGAGGGAGGACAGCGGCUAAAGCUGCCUCCACUCAUUCUCCUCACAAAGACUGGCAGUGUCUGCGGAAAAGUAGUGGGGGGCACCUGUCAGCUCACAUGAUCACUGAUAAAGUAGCCCUCUGUUUAUUAGGGCUGCUGAAUAAAGGGAUAAAGGAAGGAUGAAGGGAAGUGAAAAAGAAGCCUGCAUGAGGCAUUACAGGGGCCUAAAAUUCCGCUGCAGGUCAACUCCCUCAUCAUCAACACACAUAUCCAGUGAAAGUAAAGCCGGCCACUUGAUACCUUAAAAAUUGAAUAUUAUAAACUGGGUGGUUCGA